GGGAGGAGAAAGAGGUUUGAGGGGCCGGGCGGAUCCCCUCUUUCCCCAAUGUGAGUAGUUUCCGAACCCCCCGUCCGGCAAAGGCUGUCCAGAGAGGUGGAGCCGGUGGCCAGGCCGAGAACAUGAGGCAGUGUCUCUUCUUCCUGACCAGCUUGGUUCCUUUCGUGCUGGCACCGCGACCUCCGGACGACCCAGGCUUCGGCUCCCAUCAGCGACUUGAGAAGCUUGAUUCUUUGCUCUCAGACUAUGAUAUCCUCUCCUUAUCUAAUAUCCAGCAGCACUCGGUAAGAAAAAGGGAUCUACAGGCCUCGACACAUUUAGAAACACUACUAACUUUUUCAGCUUUGAAAAGGCAUUUUAAAUUAUACCUGACAUCCAGUACUGAACGCUUUUCACAAAAUUUCAAAGUUGUGGUGGUGGAUGGCAAAGAUGAAAGCCAGUACACUGUAAAAUGGCAGGACUUCUUCAGUGGACAUGUGGUUGGUGAGCCUGACUCUAGGGUUCUAGCCCAUAUAGGAGAUGAUGAUGUUACAAUAAGAAUCAACACAGAUGGGACAGAAUAUAACAUAGAGCCACUUUGGAGAUUUGUUAAUGAUACCAAAGACAAAAGAAUGUUAGUGUAUAAGUCUGAAGAUAUCAAGAAUGUUUCACGUUUGGAGUCUCCAAAAGUGUGUGGUUAUUUAAAAGUGGAUAAUGAAGAGUUGAUUCCAAAAGGGCUAUUAGACAGAGAGCCCCCUGAAGAGCUUGUUCAUCGGGUGAAGAGAAGAGCUGAUCCAAAUCCCAUGAAGAACACAUGUAAAUUAUUGGUGGUAGCAGAUCAUCGCUUUUAUAAAUACAUGGGCAGAGGGGAAGAGAGUACAACUACAAAUUACUUAAUAGAGCUCAUUGACAGGGUCGAUGACAUCUAUCGGAACACUUCCUGGGACAACGCGGGGUUCAAAGGCUAUGGGAUACAGAUAGAGCAGAUUCGCAUUCUCAAGUCUCCACAAGAGGUAAAACCUGGUGAAAGGCACUAUAAUAUGGCAAAAAGUUACCCAAAUGAAGAAAAGGAUGCUUGGGAUGUGAAGAUGUUGCUAGAGCAAUUUAGCUUUGAUAUAGCUGAGGAAGCAUCUAAAGUCUGCCUGGCACAUCUUUUCACAUAUCAAGAUUUUGAUAUGGGAACUCUUGGACUAGCUUACGUUGGUUCUCCCAGAGCAAACAGUCAUGGAGGUGUUUGUCCAAAGGCUUAUUAUAGUCCAGUUGGGAAGAAAAAUAUCUAUUUGAAUAGUGGUUUGACCAGCACAAAGAAUUACGGUAAAACCAUCCUUACAAAGGAAGCUGACCUGGUUACAACUCAUGAAUUGGGACACAAUUUUGGAGCAGAACAUGAUCCGGAUGGUCUAGCAGAAUGUGCCCCAAAUGAGGACCAGGGAGGAAAAUACGUCAUGUAUCCCAUAGCCGUGAGUGGCGAUCAUGAAAACAAUAAGAUGUUUUCAAACUGCAGUAAACAGUCAAUCUAUAAGACCAUUGAAAGUAAGGCCCAGGAAUGUUUUCAAGAACGCAGCAACAAGGUGUGUGGGAAUUCGAGGGUGGACGAAGGAGAAGAGUGUGAUCCUGGCAUCAUGUACCUGAACAACGACACCUGCUGCAACAGCGACUGCACAUUGAAGCAGGGUGUCCAGUGCAGAACUAGUGGACCUGCGACUCACUGCGCUAAUUGGUGUUUGCUUCCAGGUAACAGCAGUGAGUGUCCCCCUCCAGGAAAUGCUGAAGAUGACACCGUUUGCUUGGAUCUGGGCAAGUGUAAAGAUGGGAAGUGCAUCCCCUUCUGUGAGAGGGAGCAGCAGCUGGAGUCCUGUGCAUGUAACGAGACUGACAACUCGUGCAAGGUGUGCUGCAGGGACCUUUCUGGCCGGUGUGUGCCCUAUGUUGAUGCUGAACAAAAGAACUUAUUUUUGAGGAAAGGAAAGCCCUGUACAGUAGGAUUUUGUGACAUGAACGGCAAAUGCGAGAAACGAGUACAGGAUGUAAUUGAGCGAUUUUGGGAUUUCAUUGACCAGCUGAGCAUCAAUACUUUUGGGAAGUUUUUAGCAGACAACAUCGUAGGGUCCGUCCUGGUUUUCUCCCUGAUAUUUUGGAUUCCUUUCAGCAUUCUUGUCCAUUGUGUGGAUAAGAAAUUGGAUAAGCAAUAUGAAUCUCUGUCGCUAUUUCACCCCAGUAAUGUCGAAAUGCUAAGCAGCAUGGACUCAGCAUCGGUUCGCAUCCUCAAACCCCUUCCUGCACCCCAGACUCCGGGCCGCCUGCAGGCCUCCCCCGUGAUCCCCUCAGUGCCUGUGGCUCCGAAGCUGGACCACCAGAGAAUGGACACCAUUCAGGAGGACCCCAGCACAGACUCCCAUGUGGACGAGGACGGCUUCGAGAAGGACCCCUUCCCGAAUAGCGGCACGGCUGCCAAGUCGUUUGAGGAUCUCACAGACCACCCGGUCACCAGAAGUGAAAAGGCCACCUCCUUUAAACUGCAGCGUCAGAAUCGUGUUGACAGCAAAGAAACGGAGUGCUAGUUUAGGGCUUCAUGUUCUAAGCUCUUUGACUUAAGUGUACAAAAUAUUUUUAUAGAUCUCACCUAAAAUCACAGCGUAUGUUUUGUGAAGAUUUGGGAGAAAUGAGGAAGUGACUUAACAGCAGAUGCUGGUCAUGUGUUUGAACUUCCUGCAUGUAAAUAUGUGUGCUUAGGCCCUUUUCCUUUUGAAGAGGUAAGGUGAAUCCAGCUUAUUUUGAGGCUUUCAGGUUUUAGUUUUUGUGAAUUUUAAAAUAUCCUUUGACCUGUGGUGCAGAAGCAGAAAAUACAGGUGGAUUAGGUUAUAAAUAUUUACGUUUUUGUAAAUUAACCUUUUAUAUUGAUAACAGCACUGAUGAGGGAGAUGAUCAGUUUUUUUUUAUACACUGUAAUUGAUCCGCUGAAUAUAAUGAGGCAUUUAGCAGUUAUUUGUGAGGGCAACUGGAAAACAGAAUAGAUUUUUUUGCCUUCAGGUAGAGACAAAGGAGAUAGACCUAGUUUUACAAUGUCUCUAAAAUGUGGGUCUAUUUCUGGUUAUUACCCAGAGCUUUAAUUAUACAUCUGAAGUUAGAAAUCAUUCGCGUUAAUAUGCUUCUUCAUAAUUCUGAGCCUAAUACUUCUAGAAUUAAAACAAUCUAGCUUAUGGUGAGGGUUACAAAUAGUAGCCUGUUGAAGUUAUGGAAUCCUGCCAGCUAUUUAGGGCCCUGAUGUGCUGGUAAGUUUUUCUGUGUUUUAGAAGUAUCUUCAUGUAGCCCUAACACUGUUACUGUGCUCUUGAAAAAUUCACUGUCUACAAAUCUAAACUACUUGAAAAUACAAUUAGAGCAUGGUUGCCUGUUUUCAAACACUAGUGGAUAGGAGGGUGAGAUAUUUCUUACCAGGAGAACAUAGGCUGGGGCCUGUCCCUACAAGAACAGAUGCUUCAGAAACCCUUUUGAUUGACCCACGAGUGGAUAUUUGAAUUACUUCUUGCUUUAGUGAUUCUGGAUGAUCUGCAUUUACCAUGUGAAGGAUAAAAAUCAUUAGCCUGACUUCUGUUUUCCAUAAAAUUAGUUAAGUUUUUUUCCCCUUAAAAACUGAAAUGUCCUCACCAGCCAACACAUUUUAACUGAGAUAACUUGUAAACUUUGAGGGUAAUUAACCAAACCUGUGACAAAUCAUGCCUUUUUUUUCCCCCUCUAAGGACGUUUGUUACGCAGAUACUUGUUACACUAAUACUUGAACUUUGUACCUUAUUGGUAUUUGCUAUCUUUUAACUAGUCACAUUAUUAUAUUUUAGUUACACUUUCAGAAUUUGAUAUGAGGUGAGUGAGGGUGUGGG